GUGUGUGGAAAGAAAGAGAGGCUGGUCCCGGGUUGUCUGGGGCAGCGGAACGUGGCGGCUGUUGGCGAGGGUUUCUUCGGUUCCGGCGUGGCCGCAGAUGGGAGAGAACUCGUGUUUGUCGUGCGGAGGAGGAGGAAGAAGAGGAGGAGGAGGUGAAGGAGGAAAAUAAAUCGCGCAGCCGGACGAGAAAAGGAGGGACGCCGGGAAGCAAGCCAGACUGCAACGCUCCGCGGCUGAGCCGCCACGACGGAUAAAAUGUCUACCGACGGAAUGGAAGCAACAAGCAUUCUUCCCAUCCUUAAGAAGAAACUUGCCUUCCUCUCAGGAGGUAAGGAUCGGCGCAGUGGUCUCAUACUGACCAUCCCUCUGUGUUCAGACCAGACCAGCAUGGAGGAACUCAGCACCACACUGGACUACCUACUCAGCAUCCCCAGUGAGAAGUGUAAAGCUCGUGGGUUCACCGUCAUCGUUGAUGGACGCAAGUCUCAGUGGAACAUCGUGAAGACUGUGGUGCUCAUGUUGCAGAAUGUGAUCCCAGCAGAGGUCUCCCUGGUGUGUGUGGUGAAACCAGAUGAAUUCUGGGAUAAGAAGGUCACACACUUCUGCUUCUGGAAGGAGAAGGACCGCCUGGGCUUUGAGGUGAUCCUGGUUUCAGCCAAUAAGCUUACUCGGUACAUUGAGCCAUGUCAGCUGACUGACGAGUUUGGAGGGAGUCUGGACUACGAUCACAUCGACUGGCUCAACAAGAGACUGGUGUUUGAGAAAUUCACCAAGGAGUCGACGUCUCUGCUGGAUGAACUGUCAAUCAUCACCGACAGCAACAAGAGCAGCUCUGUGGACAAGGACAAAUCAGCUGAUUCCAGCUUCCUGCCAUCGUUUGAUCCUGAGACGGUCCUGCAGACCGGUCAUGAAUUGCUGUCAGAGCUGCAGCAGCGGCGUUUUAAUGGCUCAGAGGGGGGAGGAGGAGUAGGACAGGGAGGUCCAGCCUGGUGUCCUAUGGAGGAGGAGCUACUGGCUCAGCCUCAGGUUAUGAAGCUGCUGGACUCUCUCAGAGAACAAUACACCAAAUACCAGGAGGUCUGCAGACAGCGAAACAAACGCACUCAGCUGGAGGAGAUCAACACCAAGGUCAUGCAGGUGGUGAACUGGCUGGAGGGUCCGGGCUGUGACCAGCUGAAGUCUCACUGGGCCAUCGGAGACUCCAUCAGAGCUUCUCAGGCCCUGCAGCAGAAACACGAAGAGAUCGAAAGUCAGCACAGUGAGUGGUUUGCGGUGUAUGUGGAGUUGAACCAGCAGAUCGCUGCCUUGCUCAGUGCAGGUGAUGAGGAAGACCUGCUGGAGCUGAAGGGUUUACAGCAGCAGCUGAGUGACGUCUGCUACAGGCAGGCAACACAGCUGGAGAGCAGACAGAGUGUCCUGCAGUCUGCUCACACCUUCCACAGCACUGCCCAUGAUUUGUCUCAGCAGCUGGACAGUCUACUGGGCAUGCUGUGUGUUGAUGUUGCACCAGCAGAUGGCGCGUCCAUCCAGCUCAACCUCAAACUGCUGGAGGAGAAACUAAAGACAGUUGAAGCCACCCUGGCAUCUCUGAGAGAAAAGGGUCGGGUUUUGUUGGACCAGAUAGCUAACCAGCCUUCCUGGUCCCUGGAAGACAAAGACAGCCCUGAGACCAAAGACAACAUCCAGCAUGUCCAGGCUGUCAUGGAGGACAUGCAGCUCCGCAAACAGAGAUGUGAGGACAUGGUAGAUGUCAGGAGACUGAAGAUGCUACAAAUGGUUCAGCUCUUUAAAUGUGAGGAAGACGCCUUGCAGGCGGUGGAGUGGUUAGGGGAGUUGCUAGAGGCCUUGUUGAAGACUCAUAUCCGGCUGGGAGAGGACUCUCAGGAGACCAAGAGCAUGCUGGACAAACACAGGAAGUUUGUUGACGUUGCUCAGAGUACCUAUGACUAUGGCCGCCAGCUGCUGCAGGCCACGGUGGUGUUGUGUCAGUCGCUCCGCUGUACGACACGCUCAUCAGGUGACACGCUGCCCCGCCUCCACCGUGUCUGGAAACACUUCAGCGUCACGGCCGAGGAGAGACUCCACCGCCUGGAGCUGGCCUUCACCUUCCACACCGCCGCCGAGAGAGUCCUCCAAGAGGAGGAUGGGCCGGCCGAGGAGGAGGUUUUCGAGGAAGUGGACACAGUGGGGAAGACGCUACUGGACAGGCUCGCCAUACCAGUCAUAUUCCCCGAUGGGAGUGAGCAGUAUUUUGGGAGUCCAGGGGAGAUGACAUCAGCUGCUGAGGUCAUCAAAGAGCGUCUGCUGCUGGUGGAGGAGCGCAGGCUUCAGCUACAUGAAGGGGCGGAGCUGCACACACAGGGGGAGGAGCUGGAUUCACAGGGCGUGGACCAUCAGGAGACGGGGCUGGAUGUGAUUGGGGAGGAGUUAAACGAGAGAGAGGAGGACGAGCUACAAGAGGAGGAUUUGGAGAGAAGUACCCAGGAUGGCUAGUCAUCAGUAACACCUAGCAACCCCUGAUGAUGGCAGUAAUAAUAAUCAUAAUAAUAAUAACAAUGAUGAUGAUGAUGAUGACGAUGAUAUUGUUGUUAUCAUUAUUAUUAUCAUCAUCUACUUCUAAUGGAGCGCCUCAGUUACUCACAACACAGGACUGCGCCAGAAACUGAUGCCCAAACAUAAAACGCAGCAUUUGUACAUUUAGGAUAAGAAAGCUAAGCUGUGUGUGUGUGUGUGUGUGUGUGUGUGUGUGUGUGUGUGUGUGUGUGUGUGUGUGUUUGUGUGUGUGUGUGUGAGUGUGAGUGAGUGAGUGAGUGAGUGAUUGAGUGUAUGUGAAAUGUAGUUUCCCAAGUAUACUUUCCCAGCAUGCCCCUGUCUUUAUCUGUGUUUGGCGUCUCUGUGGUGCUAACUCUUACCAAGGCUAGUUGGCUUCGCAGACAUCCCAUGAUCCAUUUAGAGCUGCUGCUGCUGUUUUCCAGAGUGCCUUGCUCAAAGGCACGUGGCAGUCUGUGGGAAUCAGACUAGGACAGUCCUGUGGGUAUAGGAGGUGACUGGACAACAGAUGGACCACCUACCAAUCUGAGAUACAGACUGGGAAUACUGGGCCGACUCCAGUGUCGUCUCCCAGUUCUCCUGCUGGGUCUG